UCCUUUUCGCGCAUAUCACCCAUGGACUGUGGAAAGUUGUGGAGUUUGUCUCACUGAGGAUACAAUCCAUGCAUCCUCUCCAAUGUGAACGCCCUAUGUCACUUUUAGCCGCGGUGACCCACUUACCAGAUUCGGUGUACGGAAGCGCGAGGAGGUUGAGUUUAUAUAACAGCAGACCAGACCAUCUCUCCUCAACCUCAACUCAUUCAAUUCCCUUUCUCAUCCGAGCAUCAACUCAAAAUGGACGUCCCCUCGUUCCUCACAAGACCCUCCCCCUCCAUUACGGAGCUAAAACAAUUCUAUGUCGGCAAAGACAUCAACGACGUGCCCAAACCAGCCGUCGUGCUGGACGUGGCCAUCAUCAAGAGACACUGCCAGGCCAUGCUGGACGCAGCUUCAGCGCUGAACGUCGGAUUCCGCGCCCAUGUCAAGACCCAUAAAACCCCCCAAGCCACCCGCCUCCAGGUCGGCGAGUCGAGCCCAGAAGUCAACCUGGUCAUCUCCACUGUCCUGGAGGGCGAGAUGCUCGUGCCCCUCCUGCAAGAAUUCCAAGCGGCUGGGCGCUCCGUCAACGUGCUGUACGGCAUUCCCCUCGUGCCGUCGCAGGUGCCCCGUCUCGCCGCGCUCGCCCGCCAGCUGGGCGAGAAGAGCAUCGCCGUCAUCAUCGACCACCCGGACCAAGUCGAUCUCCUCGCCACCUUCCACAAGCUCUCCGGAUUUGCGGCGUGCGUGUUCCUGAAGGUCGACUCCGGGUACCACCGCGCGGGGCUGCCGCCGGCCAAGCUCAACAAGAACGGGCUGCUGGAGAAGGUCGCGGCCGCUGAGAAGCAGGGCCACGCGUUCCUUCUGGGGGUGUACUCGCACAACAGCCUGAGCUACUCGGGGACCACCCCGGACGAGCUGAUGGCAUAUCUGAACGAGGAGAUUUCCAGCUGCCGGGACGCGCUGAAACAGAAUUCCCAGCUACUCCCGACUGAUAGGGAGCUGGUCAUCAGCGUCGGCGCGACGCCGCAGGUCGUCUCCUCGCAGCACCUGUUGCACCAAUCCCUCAGCUCCGGCGCCAAGGCGUUGAAGAACCUGCUUCACGACCCGGACCACGAUAUCAACACGAAGGUCAAGGUCGAGCUGCACGCGGGCGUGUACCCGUUUCUCGAUAUGCAGCAGCUGGGGACCAACGUGCACAAGACACGGGACGCGGAGAGCGAGAUCGGCAUCGCCGUGGUGGCGGAAGUGUGCAGUGUGUAUAACAACGGGGAGCGUUCGCAGCCUGAAGCGCUGGUCGCGGCAGGCUCCCUGGCUCUGGGGCGAGAGCCGGCCGCGUCGUAUCCUGGGUGGGGGCUUAUCAGCGCGUGGAGACGGCAACCGGGCGCUUCCCGACUCCUGGUGCAGCGCAUCAGCCAGGAGCAUGCCAUCAUUUCUUGGGAGGAUACGAGUGACCAGUCAAAGAUCCCUCUCCAAAUUGGCCAGUCCGUCAAGAUCUUCCCUAACCAUGCGUGUAUCACCGGCGCCUUGUAUGGAUGGUAUUUGAUUGUGGAUUCCAGUGAAGAUGGCGAUGGAUCGAGGGUUGUUGAUGUUUGGCCGAGAAGUACUGGAUGGUAA